AACUUACCCUGUCAAAUGUAUAGCCAUGCCGAUGUGGCGUCCUCAGAACAGGAUUUUUAUUUUACUGGUCAGGCUUUAAAUAUAAUUACGUGAGCACCUACCGUUUUAGUAGACCUAAAGUUUUUUUUUCGUUUGAGAUGAAAGUUGGAGACAGCUUAGCUAAGUUACUAGGGGUAGGGGGUGUAAUAUAUUUUAAUGUAACGAAUUCUAUUGUUUAACGUUGCUUGGGGGACGUCUUUACUCGGGUAUUCGUACUUCCAAUAUCUAUUGUAGUUUAUAUUUCUACCUGCGUGUACCCAAAUCGGUACAUCGAUGUACCGAUCAGUUAACUUUUACACACCAGCGUGGAUAGUGAACCUUUGAGCAAUAGUUUCGAUAAGUGAAAGUAAUACUUUUACACGAUGGAUCAAAGAUUGUGGCUUCUUGUGGAGUGGAUGGACGAACAGAAUGUGUUUUCCAACUACGGUGUGGUUAAUACUAGUUCUUUAAUGAACUAUGAACCCGAUUUGCAUACGGGAAAGGUGGUGUUUAUUCGCGACAAACAUAAUAACGGACCACGUAAAGGACAAAUUCUUAGGGUUUCUGAUAACAAACAUUACGUAAAAGAGCUAAAGUUGAUGUUGGAGAGGCAAGACAAUCAGGUAAAAAACGUCCUAUCACUAUGUAUGAAUACUAUCAAGGAAAUGAAAACAGGAUCUAUGUUUUUUAAUCCAAACCAAACACAAUCAUUGUCAUGUCCAAGCGCGGUGAACGUUGGGCAUCAACAAGUGCCCCAAAACAACACCAGUGACAGCGACUCCGACCAAGAGGUAAACCACGAACUUAACAUGACAAAAGCUACAAUGAGAUAUAACAAUUUUCAAACGAGACGUUCCGACUCAGCUAAUAGUGUGCAAAUCAAUAGACUAUUACACGAAAACGCUGUUUUCUACAACCGCAGGACCUUAGAAAGCAGCACUCCUAUACCCGAAAGGGUAACGGGUUCUAUGAACAUGAACAGAAAACUGUUAUUCGACCAAGGGACACAGACAGAUCCGAUGAGCGACAUCUCCAUGGAUAAAAUUGAACAACUAGAAACUGUAUUGCAUCGUCUUUAUACGCAAUUUAUAACACUAGUUUCCGAUCUGCAUAUCAGUGAAGAUCAGGCAUUGAGUUUGGAAAGAAUGUCUGUAAGGUCUGAUCAUAAUACAGAUGAUGUAAGAGAAGAAUCUGCUACUGAGCGUCAGACUACAUCAAGUGUUGAGCUAGAUGACGGUAAGAGAAACGCUAAAGGUCUUCAGAUAAGAAGGGCAUCCGCCCAAACAACUAAUAUUGGAUUACCAGUAGUUGAAAAUGUGGAUGACAUGGUGUCACUUGGGAGCGGCAACGUUACUGUCCCGGCUAAAGUUAUGGCAGAUAUUGACUGGACCUCAUACACCUCUGCAACUAGAAAUUUGCUACAAGCUGUUUUUCCAAGAAAAGUCCUAGCUACUCAUUCGCUUACUGGGAAACAAUCACCGGCUUUCAAAAACAAACCACCGAAAAAACUUCUGGAACCGCAGUUAGUAGAUGACAUCGUUUUUACAGUUUCCAAAAAAUGUGGCGUCCCGAAAAGAAUUGUAAGGUCCUGUAUAACUACAAAAUGUACCGAUGAAGCAAAACUAUAUCGCAAUCGGCAGCAUUUUAAAAAGUUACGAGAUGAACAGAAUCGAGAAAACGUGUCACCAUCGCCCGCCUCGUCAAAUGAGUCGUCUAACGCAAGAGAUUAG